CUCUAGAAGUAGCCGUAGGAAGAACGCGAAAAUGGCCUCUGAGAGGAGUUUUGCAAGUACCGUCCGGCCAUAUUCACAAUCUCCAUGGCCAGCUUGGUCUCUAGCCUCAUUAUUUCUUGCAAGCUCUGCACUCCCGCCUGGGAGAUUUCCAAAACUUCCUCCCUUUCCUCAGCGUGCAGGUUUUUCUCUGAUAAUGUAUGGCGCUGGGUACGUUCUCUCCACCGGAGACUCCCUCAACGGGAGUGGCAUAUCAACUGCGUGGUCUCUGACGUACCUCUUCUGGAACGCGAGACGUUCAUUUACUACGCUCCGAAGUCCUGUCUCAAUGGUCCUCACGGGAGCAACUGCAAUUUGUGCAGGCUUAUAUGGUACAGAGUACUUUAUCCUUCAAGACAAAGACACCGAGAGAAAAUAAACAAUUUUAUCAUAUGCAUUUCAAAACA